AUGGAGACCCCCGGCAGCACGCGGGGCCCCAAGGCCAGCCUGAGCCAGCGCAGCCAGGAGAUGCGUGUCCUCGUGGGCCUGCAAGAGCAAGGAGGGAAGAUUUUCACUCAGUCCUGUGAGGAAAAGCUCCGUCAGAACAGGGAGCUGCUCCCCAGCCUGCAGGCGGCCUUGCAGGAGGAUUCCGAUGUCCUGAAAUUUGUCCUGAAGUACAACAAACUCCCUAUUAAGGAUGCUUUUGCAGAGGGACAGGAGCUCGUUUCACUCACUGAGAGCCUGGAGGUGAUCAUAAAGAAGGUCGAAGCCAAAGUCCUCGAGCAGGUGAAGGUGUGUGACAUGCUGCUGCACCAGCUGAAACAGUGGACCCAAGCCAGGGACGAACGCCAGAGGCAACUGCAGGAGCUGCAGGAUGCUGAGACAGAUCCUAAGUGGCAAGAGCCAGAGUUGCAGACCAUUCGCCAGCUGGGCAAUGCCAUUGAGAAGAUGCUCAUGAAAAUUCACAGUGGAGAGAUUGUGACCAACCUGUACCUGCAGCUUCAGGAGGUCCUGAAGAAGGAACUGGUGUACCUGCCUCAAUACCUGAACCUCCUCUGUGGGAUGACUGUGAUGUACCACGAGGAGCUCACAGCCCAGAGUAACCUCAAAGCUAACGAUGUCAUUGAGAGACUCAUGGCCAAGGCAGGACCCCAGGUCCGUGCGGAGAAACAGCUCAGGGACCAGUCCCUGGCUGAGCAGAGGAAGCACAUCGAGAGCCUCCGGCGCCAGGAGGAGAGCGAAAGGCAGCAGAGGCAGCAAGCUGUGUCCAUGCUCUCUGCAGAGCAGGACCUGAGCUCCUCAGACACGGCCGGUGCUGACGUGGACGCCGCCAAGGCCAAGAUGGAGCGUGAGGCCUUUGUGAUGGACAAGAUGGAGAAGGCAAAGACUGCCCUGCAGUGCUCCUGCCUCUGGGACAUCCCCAGCAGCAUCCAGGCCCAGAGGAAAUCCCUGGGGAGCCUGCAGCAGCACAUUGACGUGUGCAGCGAGAGGAAGAAGGUGCUGAAGAAGACGCUACAGGAGAUGGAGCUGAAGCAGGCUAAACUGAAGUUCAACCAGCCCGUCAGCACCACCAGGCUGCGGGAAGAGAAGCUGCGGGAGAACCUGAAGCAGGAAGAGGCCCGGCUGGAGCAGAUGCGAGCCCAGAUGUUGAGGAACCAGAAGCGCCUGAUCGAGUUUGAGAACAUCAUUGACAACCUGUUCCUCCGCAUGCAGGGCAUCCUCAUCCCUGGGCAGGAGGACUCUGUGGCCGUGGUGGGGCUGGAGGAGAAGCUGCAGCACUGUGAGCAGAAGCUGAAGCUCCUGAAGGAGAGGGUGGCAGCCCGGCCCGAGGACAGCACCGAUGAACACAGUGAGACUUUUGCCAAGGUCAGGAACCUUCUGGAGAGUAGAACUGCCGAUGAAACGCAGAACCUGAAGAUUUCCUUCGAGGAUGAAGACGCUAUGGAAGACGACACCUUGGAUUUUGAGGAUGAAGACCAUGACUACAUCCCCAGCCGGGAGGACAUCAAGAAGCAGGGGCUGCAGCUGAUCAGAAUGAACACCAGACGUCGCAAGAAGAAGUAG